AGGCCGGUCGGGACCGAGACCGAGUGGCGAGUGGAGGCCCACGAGUUAGUAGUUGUUUGUCCACCCACCACUACUACUACUACACCGGACGUAUCUAGCUACCUGGAGCUGUCAGCCAGUCUGUCCAUCUGUUCCUCCGACCAUCACAACAUCAAUGUUGCUGUAUUAUGAAUAUUAUCAUGACUAGCAUCCCCCCGAAUGCAACCCUACCCUGACUCGGUGCCAGCAUGAACUCGACUGACCACGUGGGGGACGGCUCCCUCACCCGCAAACGCCCUCGUCCUGUUGUCUCCUGCCUGCGCUGCCGCAAGAAGAAGCUCAAAUGCGACCGGUUAUUGCCCUGUGAGAAUUGCUCCAGGGCCGGCUGUCCCACCGACUGCGUCUUUCACUCGGAUGGGAUGGUGGAUGGUCUGCCCGACCUGCCCGGCGCCAAGCGCGUGCAGCUCGACCCUUCUCCGUUUCCUCCGCUUUCCUCCGACUCUCGGGCAGACCCGGUGGCCAGGCCCCGGUCAGGCCCCUCAGGCCCCUCAGGCCGGCCAGGCCAGUCAGGUCAGUCAGGCCAGUCAGGCAUCGGCCUGCUCGAGGACUUUCAACAACGUCUCGCCUAUAUUGAAGAGUAUCUGGCCCUCAAACCCUUGUCUCAUGCGUAUUCCGGUCCGCUCCGGGAUAUUCCCGGGAGCUCUCCCACUCGCUCCGCCACCCCCCGGGGUGCCCAUGCACCUCCAUACCCGGGCACCCUCGUAGUCAAGGGCACGCGAUCCCGCUACCAUGGCCAGAACAAUCGUACCAGCUUGUUGCAUCAGUUUGCCGAAGCCCGAGAGUUCAUCCAGCGGUGCACCCGGGAUCCCUCCAUUCUGAAUCUAGCCAAGGAGGUGCAGUUCCUUCAGAGCAAAUCCAAGCUGCCCACGAGCUCUCCGGAUUCCAUGCCUGAUCUCGAUUAUUCCCCAGAGCUGCUGCAGAUGCAGGCCUCGUUGCCACCCAAAGCGGUGUGUGACCGCCUGGUGAAUCUCUACACUACCAACUUUGAGCGUACCCUCCGCAUGCUGCAUGUUCCUACCUUUCUCCGCCAGUAUGCCGACUUCUGGGCCACCUCCUCUCAGGACAAUGAUCCCUCCGCCACCUUCCUGCCCCAGCUGACCGCCGUCCUGGCGGCCGCACUGCCCUUGGAGGUUCCCAACUUUCGCCUAGAGUUUGCCUCCGCCUGGGAGUAUCUGCAGACCCCCGCUGUCAACCUGGUUCGCGUGUGGCUGAACAAGCUUGGUCGGAAGCAGCGCACCGAGCUGGUCUCUCUGCAGAUCGACGCCCUGGUUAUCCUUGCCCGCCGACUACGGCUGGUGUCGCAGGAAGAACUAUGGCGCGCCACCGGGACGCUGGUGCGCUCUGCCAUGGUGGUGGGUCUGCAUCUCGACCUCGCCGAGAAUACGCAGCUGUCAGCCUUCCAGAAGGAAGUCCGGCGUCGCUUGUGGAUCACCAUUGUGGAAAUGGACCUGCAGACUUCGAUUGCGUCGGGCAUGCCCGUGACAAUUCCGGACCUAAACUUUGACCCCCUCAUCCCGUCCAACCUGAACGACGUGGAUUUCGAUGACACGACCACCGCGUUGCCCCCUGCCAAACCGUUACAUGAGUGGACUGACACCCUUGCCCAAGUGACUCUGGCCUCCUCAUUGCCCCAGCGGAUCCGGGCCAUGUCGCUCGUGCGAACUUCCAGCCCGGGACUGGAUCUCACUGAGAUUGUCAAGCAGGGUCGACGGAUAGAGGAAUGCCUCCGACAGAUCCCGGCGCCAUUGAAAUUGGACCCGGCUCCCAUUCAUGGAGAGACCCCGGGGCCGGCCCUCUUGCUGAAUCGGGUGCUCCUGGACGUGUACAUGCGCCGGCCGCUGCUGUGUCUCUAUCGACCGAUCGUCAUGGGCAACAGUCGCCAGGACCAGCUCUUCUUCGAAAUCGAACAAGCUUGUCUAGAAUCAUCGCUCGUCGUCCUGUCCUACCAGGACUACUUUGAUCCGAACGUUGCGUAUCUGGACAUGUUCAAGUCAACACCAUACUGGGACGUCUAUCAGCUCUUUUGUAAGAACGACAUUCCGUGGGCGGCACUAAGUGUGUGCGGCUAUAUGAAGCUAUCCAGCCAGCAACAUUCUGCGGAGACGCCGAUGGCGUCCCCGGCGGUCUACUCACCGCAUAUGCCAACGGCGACGCACACCAAGGCUAGUCUCAUGCGCGUGGUCGAGAACACGCUUGACGGGCUGACGCGGACGAUUGGCGAAACGGGCAGCAAUAUUAAAGAUGUGCUGCUGCUGGCGGUGGUGCUGCAAUCGGUGCGGGCGCGUGGCUCGGCGGAGGUCAAGGAGCGGUGGAUGCAGCAGGGGGCCGCCAAGGCGUUGUCGGCGUGUCGACAACAUCUUCUGCCGACUGUGGCGCAGGAAUCGUUUGCAUUCAACCUAGGAGAUUUUACCCAGAUGGUAUGCCGCCUCCAUUUGAACUUUGAUGAACCUACUAAUGGAUGCAGCUCCACACGACGCAACCCAUCUUCCCCACCACAACGGACCCAGGCUACACGCCCGGGACACAGCCGCCACUGCCGGAAUUCCUGGCGGAGUCGUCGGAUCUGGCGACCGAGUUCAACAAUUUCCGGGGGGAUCCAUUUUCUUUGGAAGAUGAGUCGUUUGCGUGGAAUAUGUAGCGUAGCGUAGCGAUGAGUGAUGCAGGGAUGCAGCGAGUUGAUGUGGAUGAGAUAACAGCCAUGCAUUUUUGGUGAUGAUUAGCGAAAAGUGUUUGAUAGAUGUGUAUAUACAUGUAUGAUUCAAUGCUAUUGUAGUAGUGUACCUCGCCG